AUGGAUGCAAUUGUUGCUGCUCAACGGGAAUGCGGAAUUAAAUCCUUGAUGAAAAGCCGUAUUCAAGGUGGAAAGUUUCAAGAACUGGAAAGUGUUUUAUUACAAUGCUUUAAAGAAUCUUGUGCUUCUAACAUUCCGAUCCGACAUGGCUUAGAAACUCGUACCAUAUCUGGUGAAAUUCCAAGCAUGGAUGAAGAGACUGUAGAGGAAUGGAAAGAAGAAUUAAAAUCUUUAAUUAAAAGAUACAACCAAAAGAAUUGUUGUGAUGAAACUGGUUUGUUUUUCAGGAUGAUGCCUGAAAAAUUGGCAUUUAAGGUGGAACCCUGCCAAGGUGGAAGAAACAGUAAAGAAAGAUUUGCCCAUUUUAUUAUGUUGUAA